AUGUUACAUAGCAUUAGCAUUGGGUUUGGAGAUAUUUCCAAAGUCCUUAACUACUCUUAACCUACUUCACAUCAAAGUACAACAUUGUUUUCAUCGACCCAGUUCCUAGAAUUCCACAGCCCCCAUUAUCUAACAGAUAUCAACAUACAAGGCCCAGUUUUGCAUUUCCUAUUCCUUUCUCUCCAGAUCUAGGUGCUCUGCCAUCAUUGCACAUUUGUACGAGAUGGCAACAACAACAGUGUCCAACUUUCCAACUGCGAUGUCAAGACCCAAUAUUCCAUCAGCACAAAGGUUUGCAAAUGUAAGCCCUGCCAAUCUUGGAGGCAGGUUUAAGGUUGACUCAUGUCAUAAACUGGCAAGUGUUUGUCAUGUUGCAUCAUCACAACCUUUCUUGAAAAUGACAGCAGCCGCUGUAAAAUAUAAAAAAAUCAGGACAAAUGCAAUGUCCGUGUCUAAUUCAGACAGUGAAGUUCCAGGAUUGCCUAUUGAUUUGAAAGGUAAAAGGGCUUUCAUUGCUGGUGUGGCUGAUGACAAUGGAUAUGGCUGGGCAAUAGCAAAAUCUCUUGCAGCAGCAGGAGCUGAAAUUCUUGUUGGCACAUGGGUACCUGCUUUAAAUAUAUUUGAGUCCAGUCUAAGACGAGGAAAAUUCGAUGAGUCACGCAAAUUACAAGAUGGUUCAUUGAUGGAGAUUGCUAAAGUGUAUCCUUUGGAUGCAGUAUAUGACAACCCUGAAGAUGUCCCAGAAGAUGUGAAAGCGAACAAGCGGUAUGCUGGAGCCUCAAAUUGGACUGUACAGGAAGUUGCUGAAUCUGUCAAGAAAGAUUUUGGCACUAUCGACAUACUUGUGCACUCGCUUGCUAAUGGACCAGAGGUCAGCAAACCAUUGUCUGAGACAUCUCGAAAAGGAUAUCUUGCUGCCUUGUCUGCAUCAAGUUACUCUUAUAUUUCAUUACUCAAACAUUUUCUUCCAAUCAUGAACCAAGAUGGAUCUGCAAUCUCUCUUACUUACAUUGCUUCAGAGAGGAUCAUUCCUGGAUAUGGUGGUGGCAUGAGCUCUGCAAAAGCUGCUUUAGAAAGUGAUACUAGAGUUCUUGCUUUUGAAGCUGGCAGAAAGAAAAGAAUCAGAGUCAAUACCAUAUCCGCAGGUCCUCUGGGAAGCCGUGCAGCAAAAGCAAUUGGCUUCAUUGACAUGAUGAUUGAUUAUUCAUUCACCAAUGCACCACUUCAGAAAGAACUACAUGCUGAGGAGGUAGGCAACACUGCUGCAUUCUUAUCAUCACCUUUGGCAUCAGCCAUUACAGGUUCUGUUAUUUAUGUUGACAAUGGCCUAAACGCUAUGGGUGUUGGAGUUGACAGUCCAAUAUUCCAUCAACUUGACAUUCCAAAGGAGCAGCAUUGAAAUUAUAGAUUGAGGUUUUCUCUGCUACAACUUAGACCCUAUGGCCUAGGAUUAUGAAGAAAAAUAAAAACCAUGAGGUGUUAGUUUUCACAAUUCCAUGAAUUACUAAGCAUUGUUUGAACUUUGUUACCUUACCACUGUUUUUCAUCAAUUAUGAUACACUUUUCAUCAUCCUCUGCAAAAUGUAUGUUCUCAUUUGAAGAGUCAUACCUUGAGGAUUGAGGAUUUGAGGUUAGAUUGUUUUAGUUAUUAAAAAAUUGAAUAGGUUGGUUGAAUUU